AUGGUUAAUAAUAAUAAUAAUAAUAAUAAUAAUAAUAGUAGUAGUAAUAAUAAUAAUAUUAAUAAUAAUAUUAAUAAUAAUAACAUAAUAAAUAAUAUCAGGGAUAGUUACAAUAAUAAUUAUAAUAACUCAAAUCAAAAUAUGAAUUUAAAUCAAUUACCGAUUCAACUUCAACAUCAACAUCAACAUCAACAGCAACAUCAUUUACCAAAUCAUUUAUUACAACAAGGUUAUAAUUUAAGUCAACAACAACAACAACAACAACAACAACAACAACAACAACCACAACAAUCUCAACAACAACAACCACAACAACUACAACAACAACAACAACAACAUCAACAUCAACAUCAACAUCAACAGCAACAGCCACAGAUUGUAUCUAAUCCAAUACCGAUUCUUAAAUCUUCUCCUGGUCCACAAUCAAUUCCACAUCAUUCAAUCCAACAACAGCCCGCGGCUCCAUUCAUUCCCCUACCUAUACCUCAACAACUACAACUAAGUUUUAGCCCAAUGAGAAGAUCAAGAAGUGGUAGCGAUCAACUAUUUAUUAAUAAUGGUAAAUAUUGUCAAUAUUGCGAUAAACAAUUUAGUCAUAGAGGCUCUUUAGGUAGACAUUUAGAUAGUAAAAAAGGUGAUUCAUUACAUCCAAUUAAGGAAAUUGAUGCAAUUAGAAACGCUUCAAAAAGAAGAAAAAGUGUUGAUGUAGUUUCUUCUGCGAAUAAUAGUGCUAAUUCAACAAAUUUAGUUGAUAAUUCAGGUAAUAGUAGUAAUAGUAGAAGAAAUAGUGAAGAUUUAUCAAAAAAUUUUACAAGAAAAAGAAAAUCUACUAAAAAAUCAAUGGCUAGAAGUCAAAUGUUAAGUAUUUCUACAACUGGUGGUCAAAAAGAAAAAAGUAAAUUAAGAAGAAAAUUAAGAGAUCGUAGAAUUAAAGCAAAAAUUUAUACAAAUGAAUGGUUUGUUCAACAAUUUGCUAAAAAACAAUUAAUUGAACCAAUUUCAAAUGAUGCUUCUCCUUCAAUUUUUUUAUAUUAUUUAACUUUAUAUUUACCAAUUAAUUUAUGGCCAAAUUUACAAUUAAAUAAAUUACCAAAUGAAUCGAAUUUGAAUUAUUUAUUAGAUAAAUUUUCAAAAAAUUUUGAAAAAUUACAAAUUUUAACAACAAGUUUUCAAAAUUAUCAAAAUUUAAAUGAAUUAAGUAAAAAAAUGUUAUGGUUUCAAGAAUUAACUAAAAUUUUAAAUUCAACUUUGAGUCAAUUUUCAUUAUUUGAAUUAUAUGAUAUUAAAAAUAUUAUUUCAAAAAAGGAACAAAGUAAAUUUGAAGAAAUUUGUAAAAAUGAUAAUUUAAGUGAAUAUGUUGAUGUUGUAAAUGAAAAAGAUGAAGAAGAAGAAGGUGCAGAAGAAGAAGAAGAAGAAGAAGAAGAGGAGGAGGAAGAAAUUGAAACUGAAGAAGAUCAUCAACAACAUCAUCAUGCUCAAAAUUUGCAACCACAACCAAUGCAUCAACAUCAACCACAAAUGCAUCAUCCACAACAACAACAACAACAACAACAACAACACUUUAUGCCAGAAUUACCACAAGCCAAUUUUGAUGAUUUCAAUUCUACUUUUGAUAAGUUUUACUAG